GAUCGAAAUCGCACCAAUCGCACUGUUGUUGAGGGUUGUAACAGUGCAACGUUCCCGUCAGAAUAAGAGUAGUCAUGCUAUGAUGACCCCGGGUACGAUCGAAUCUCCCUGUCCCAGCUGUGGCAAUUGAUACAUCUAAUUAGACAAAAAGGUUUCUCCAUCGUGUUGAAUGGUCUUGGCACCGCUGUUGUCAUUGACACCCUGGGAAUACGAGCUGAAGACUUACACCAGUUGACUUAUGUACCGACUUAGGCUAGCCCAUGUCUCCACCAACGCAUGUCAGCACGAGACAUGGAGUCAAAGAGCUCGUAUGUCUGUAUCGCCAUCGUACUAAUUAGACAUCACGAGGUAAGCAGAGACUACGACUAAGACCUCUGAAUAGUACCACAUGGGGCUCGCCUAAGUACACUAGGCGAGCUGGGUGAAAUUCUCGGCUAUGAUUUACGAUCACUCACCAGGGUGAUCGUUGGUAAGAGGCGGUGAUGAAUAAAAGUGUAUAUAAACCGUGGGAUCUCGAGCCAUUGUUCAGGAAUUUAUCUCAACAUCACUCAGAUCUUCAGCAUUAAUCACAAAGCUUGCCUACUUGCAUUAUUUCCAUUAUCACGACAAGUCCUCCAAAGUGAUACUCUACUCAACCAUCUAAUCCUUCCAAUCAUACAUCACCACCUGUCUAUCAAAAUGCAGUUCACCACCGCCGCCCUCGCUCUUCUCUCGGCUAGCAGCGUCUUCGCUGCCCCGGCUGCAAUCCCCAACUGGACCAUCACCAGCAUGAAGCGUGUCUGCAACACCGCGGACACAAGCUGCACUUGGUCCUUUGGGAUCAAGACCGGCUCGGCGGCCGCCACGCCAUGCAGCUUCGUCAUCACUGGCAAGCCCGCCAGCCACAGCGACCUGACCGCCAUGAAGACAUGCGGCUCCUUCAGCGUCACUGCCGGCUGGAGCGGCCAGUUCGGCCCCGGCUUCACCACGCUUGCCGUCCACAACAACGCCAACGGCCAGAUUGCUUGGCCCGCGUACACCGAUGCCGAGCUCGCUGGCGGCAAGGCCGUGACUCCCGACAAGAGCUGGGCCGUUACCCAGCUAUAGAUGGGGUGUGUCUUGUGUCAGACAAGGAACUACUACUUAGGGUCUUUGGAGAAGGAGAGCAUUCACAUGACAAAAGAAAGGGGGAGCGAGCGAAAACGUUGAAAGAAAGGGAUAUUAGUAGGCGUAUAUUUCUAACCAAAACCACCAUUUAAGUAAUCUUAAUAACAAACCAACCACAUCCCAUCACAUGAUCUCAGAUACAUGCAGAUGGUGUUUCCCUCCUGAUGUGACAACUUGAAA